AUGCCUCUGCAAGUCACGGCUGCAGCUACCGUCGCUAGCCUGGACUACGACUACAACAGCGGGGAGGACAACAAUGUUGUACACAGUGGAAAUUACAGUGUUACCGCUGCAGCACAUCAUAGGUCGCCGAAUAAUGACAGUGGAGCAAAUUUCGGAGAUCCGGAACGGGUGAGCGACUUUGAAGGCGUCGAUUUCGAGACCGGCUGCGAGCCGGCGCCAGACAGCGGUUCUUGCGAUGGUGAACUGGUGCGCUGGUUCUACAAUGCUACUUUGAAAGCAUGUGACAUAUUCAUCUAUGGAGGGUGCGGCGGAAACGACAACAAUUACGAAAGCCAGGUGGAAUGCAAAAUGGCCUGCAAAGAGAUGUGUAAGCCCGGUUCAAUAUGUUAG